AUGCCAUUCCUCCAUCUCCCGAAUGAGAUAAUUAUCUCAAUAUCUCACCAUCAAUCCCCGCCCGACAUCUACGCCCUCUGCCGCGCCAACCGCCGCCUAUCCGCCCUACUCAUUCCAGAACUGCUGAAAUCCGUCUGUAGGGUCGACCAGGGAAACUUUUAUGCCCGAAAAGCCCUCUACUCAGCUGCCCGUCGGGGCGACACAUCCAGCGUCCGCGUGCUGCUGAAGCACGGCAUCACCAAACUUCUCGGGGACACAUUCCUGCACGAGGCAGUCCGGACAGAAGGCGAAAUCGCCAUAAAGACAUUACUAGACUCAGGCGGAUUCAACGCCACAUCCACCAACGCGAAAGGCCGGGCACCACUCUGCCUCGCGGUAUCCGACGGCCAGCCGGCCGUCGUCGGCUUACUCCUCCAAUGCCCGGGCGCGGACGUGAAUCCCCGGUCAACGGGCACCCGCUGGCCACUCGUAGCCAGAGCAGCGCAUCGCGGGAACGAAAAAAUCAUGCGUUUACUACUCGCUAACGAGCGACUGCUCGUCAACGCCACGGAUUUAGUGGGCGUAACGGCACUGACUAGGGCAGCCUUGGAGGGGAGGCCAGAGAUCGCGAGCCUGCUCCUGGCUGACCCAAGGACGGAUAUCAAUCAUCGUGACAUGUGGGGAAGGACACCCCUCCUGACCUCAUGCGUGGUUGGCCACUUCGCGGUUUUCAAGUUACUCUUGGAGGAUCCGCGAACGGAGGUGAACGCGGCCGAUAGGGAAGGACAAACUCCCUUGCAUUGUUGCGCCGAAAGACAUAGGUCGCAUAUGGUGCGCCCGUUAUUAGCUCAUCCGCGAAUCGAUGUUAAUCGUCGGGAUAUAUCUCUUUGCACGCCGCUUUUCGCCGCUGUGGCUGGGCAGAAUACCGAGGUGGCGAGGAUAUUGGUCGCGGAUGCGAGGGUCAACGUCAAUACGACCGGUGAAUUUGGCCAGCAUCCGCUGGUGGUGGCGGCCGAGAAGGGGCUCUCGGACGUGGCAGAGAUGCUGCUGCAGAGGGAAGAUCUAAAUUUUUGCGCUUUGAAUUGCAAU